AUGGCCGAAUUUUUGGCUCGGGCUGUCAAUGACGCCCAAAACGUCACGAAACUAAAGAACGCGCUCGACAAUAAAAUUGACGGUAUUAGACAGGAGGCGGAAAAUGGUUUCGAUACCCCGUCUUCCAUAUUCCUCGGUCCGCUGUACGACGAGAUGCUUAUCGCAGUCGCGGGCGAAGACAUGCAAAACGCUCAAAAGUGGCUCCUCGCGAUAGCUUUUGUCAUCAAAUCAGAGACUUUGCGGUAUCAAAGGGGGCUAACUGUGCCUGAAUCUGCUUCUGAGUUCUUCGAUGGUGUAAUCGCCAAGAUAUUGGACACUUUGGAAGCAUUGGAGGAUAAGCCUUCCAUCGUCAAAGAGGACUUGUGGCGCACUUUAAAAGAAUCCUUCGAGUUUAUCUUGAUACCUGACGUUGCUGCAGUGGUCAAAUGCCACAGACGGCUCGCUAACCGUGCCUUUAAAUUCGUGCUGCAAACGGCAAGUACCGAAAAUACGGAGCAGCUUACACUGCGUCUAAUUCGAUGGAUGUGCUCAACUCGAACGUUUGACAGCGAAAAGUCUGAAGAUGCCGUAUAUCUCAACCAAUUGCGGAUGCUGCAGAGCUCCGCAAACGAUCGCACAAGCAAAGAUGCAUCGGAUCUCAUGCUGAAAAAUGUUAAAACAUUGUCGAAAAGGGAUUUGAAGGCGUUGCCUGCAUUCAUCAACUCCAACAUGAAACACCUAGCAAAAGAAAUUGAGUUGGGUGCGACGGAGAACCUGGUGAGACCAUUUCAUCUCAUGAAGGCGACUUUUGACGCAUGUAGAAGGUCCGAUGCUAACGUGGUUAUCGACCUCGUGCCACUUUGGAAAAUGUUUGAGGCGUUCUUCGAACAAAUGCACACAUAUGACAGUCAAACAACCCAGCAAGCAUUUGAUUUGCUAUCGGUUGUGGCGAAAUGGCUCUGUCCUGAUCUGGUGUUGGUGAAUAUACCAUACCUGGGGGGAAUUAUCGCAAGGAUUUUCGAUCACCAUGUGGACACUCUUGUGAAACACAGCGAGAGUAUCGAAGGCCUACUUACUGUAAUGAACGAGCUGUGUCCCGAUUUCUAUCUGCUGGCCAGCGAAAAUGCCGGUCGGCUGAUUGAGACACUGAUCAGCAAAAUCGACCGCUCUAAUCUUCAGGACGCGCAUAGAUUGAUCGGUAUAAUUUCGCACGUAAACGGGGAAAGCGUUGGGCACAAGGUCGAAAACUUGAUUCUCAGGCUUGUCGAAAUCAACGAGAUACAUUGGGCUGAUGCAUCGCUAACCCAUGCAACACUACGCCUGAUUCACAGGCACCUUUCAAGGGGUGAGACCACGCACAACAAUAACCCAAUAUAA